AUGGGUUUUAUAUGUCACUGGAAUGGGGAAGACCAGUUUGAAGUGGAUGGAAGCUCAGGGAGAUUCAGAGUUCAUAUGGGGGAGAAGUCAUGCACAUGUAGGAAGUGUGACCUCACAGGCCCCACCCCGUCUCCACUGGAUCUGUUCGAUCCCGACUACAAGCAAGUCAAGAUUAACAUUUGCAUCUGCGCCUCGCAGUUCCACCCUAACCUCGGCGACUUUACACUUCCGGUUUAUUCGCUUGAUAAUUCAAUUCCUAUACUAUGUGAGUAUGAAUUUACUAAUUCAUUAUUCUCGUUCGGUAUGGAUGUGACCCAUCUCUUGGCUGAUUACGAGCCUGUAGAUCCGAAGGCAGAACUUGAAGACCGUUGCAAGGCACCAUGUACACGGCCACUGAAAGAAUAUCAGGCAUGCUUUAAAAGAAUUGAAGGUGAUGAAUCUGGGCACAAGCACUGUACGGGUCAAUACUUUGACUACUGGCGUUGUGUGGACAAAUGCGUCGCUACUAAGCUAUUUUCGCAGCUUAAGUGA